AUGGCCAAGAAUAAAUUAAGAGGGCAGAAGUCCAAAAAUGUAUUUUACAUAACUAGCCAAAAAAACUUUAAGUCCAAAAACAAAGCAAAACCAGUUACCACUAAGCUUAAGAAGAUAAAUAUUCUGAUUAAUCAACUACAUCUAGAAAAUAAACCAGUUAAUGUUGAUGAAGCUACAAAUUUAAUGGCUAAAUUGUCAUAUGAUGGAGAGAUGUAUCAAAUUAAAAAAACUCAAUAA